AGUGACACUGCUUUGAAUUAUACCGCUCAGCGACUUCAGUACAUGCCUCAUAGCUCCAGUCUCAAACUUAACCCCGUUCUUGCUGAAGAAGAGAAGGUCUGCUGGAUGGAGAAAGAAGCUCUCGUGAAAGAGGGGGAGGAAGAGGAGGCUGUUACAAUACAAAAACAAGUAGAGGGUGAGGGUGUUACCAUGAACGAAGAAGAGAGAGACGUUACAGACAAAGAAGAGGAAGACGCGUUCAGAGUGAAAGAGGAUGACGAAGUUUCAGUGAAAGAAGAGGAGACUGACGAUGAACGAGAGAGACGUGACUAUCGUGGAUCCUCUGGGGAGCAUCAACAACCUCAUGAUGCUGACAAGGCAGAGAAGAGUCUCUCCACGUCAAAACACCAGCAGAGAACCACAGGGAAGAAAUCUCAUUGCUGCUCUGACUGUGGGAAAGGUUGCACAUCUUCAUCAGAACUUAAAAUACACCAGAGAACACACACAGGAGAGAAACCUUUUAGCUGUGAUCAAUGUGGGAUGAGUUUUACUACAUCUAGCUCUCUGAUUCGACACCAGAGAACACACACAGGAGAGAAACCUUAUAGCUGUGAUAAAUGUGGGGUGAGUUUUCCUUCAUCUAGCCAGCUGACUUCACACCAGAGAACACACACAGGAGAGAAGCCUCAUAGCUGUGAUCAAUGUGGGAUGAGUUUAACUACAUCAAGCAGUCUGAUUCGACACCAGAGAACACACACAGGAGAGAAACCUUUUAUCUGUGAUCAAUGUGGGAAGAGUUUUUCUACAUCUAGCCAGCUAACUUCACACCAGAGAACACACACAGGAGAGAAACCUUAUUGCUGUGAUCAAUGUGGGAUGGGUUUAACUACAUCAGGCAGUCUGAUUCGACACCAGAGAACACACACAGGAGAGAAACCUUAUUGCUGUGAUCAAUGUGGGAUGAGUUUUACUACAUCAAGCCAUCUGAUUCGACACCAGAGAACACACACAGGAGAGAAACCUUUUAUCUGUGAUCAAUGUGGGAAGAGUUUUUCUACAUCUAGCCAGCUAACUUCACACCAGAGAACACACACAGGAGAGAAACCUUAUUGCUGUGAUCAAUGUGGGAUGAGUUUUACUACAUCAAGCCAUCUGAUUCGACACCAGAGAACACACACAGGAGACAAGCCUUAUGGUUGUAAUCAUUGUGAGAAGAGUUUUACCACAUUUUGCUCUCUGACUGUACACCAGAGAACACACACAGGAGAGAAAUCUUAUACUUGUAAUCAUUGUGAGAAGAGUUUUCCUACAUCUAGUCAGCUGACUUCACACCAGAGAACACACUCAGGAGAGAAAUCUUAUAGCUGUGAUCAAUGUGGGAUGAGUUUUACUACAUCAAGUAAUCUGAUUCGACACCAGAGAACACACACAGGAGAGAAAUCUCAGCUGUGAUCAAUGUGACAAGAGAUACUCUGAUAAAAGGUGUUUAAUCAAACAUCAGAAAAUGCAUGAAGAAGUUGUUUCAUAAUAUCAAUGAAAUGACGUCACACUGUAGAAUGUUUUAACAUUGUAGUAGGAGUAUUUUAAUGAUGUCACAAUAUAGAAUGUUUUAACAUUGU